AUGCAGUUCAUCAACGCCGCCGACCACGGACGCGAGCUGCAAUACGCCAUCAGCAACCAGUACGGCGAGUGUUACAACCUGACCGAGGCGGGAUCUAUGAACGACGGCGCUGGGCCGACGACAUCGUCGGUACUGCUCGGCGCCAACACCAACGGCAACAUCUACCGCACAGUCAGCAAGCCCGUGAACAUCGGAGCCUACGGCCAGUGGAACGCCAUCCAGUAUCUGCUCUCCUCCUAUGUCCCUGAGGUAGGAAAUCGUCAGCCUGAAUGA